AUGUCAACCUUGUCCACCUCGAGCGCCGGCUCGGCCACGCAGCAACCCAUCCUGGAGGCUCGCGUGGUCACCAUCACGCCUGCUCAUACCCAGGACACUAGCACGCUCGGGCAACUCGAUGCUCACACCUUGGCGCGGACCGACUCUGUCCGCUCCAUUGACCAGCCCACGCCCCCUCUCAGUCCGAAUUCUGUCGAGUUCUACGUCCGGCCCCCAUCUGUUCCCAGCGUGACGAAUUCCCGCCUUAUCAUGGCAGUGACGAAACAGGAAGAGAUGCUCCUUUCCGCCCUACGCAUGAAGCGUGCGAGGAUGCGAGGCAACGCCCUCUCCGAGCUCGAAGAAGAGGAGGAGGCGUUUGGGGAGACGCUAAGCCGACAGUCGUCGGUGCGCACACGAGACACCGCCUACAUGGCCCCGGUGAGGGCCAUUCAAAAGUCAGGCUCCAAGUCCUCGAUCGGCACCUCCUUGUCCCGCUCUCAAAGCCGCACGGGGCCGUGGUCCGACACGGAAGAGUCGCACGACGUUACUUUAGGCAGCGAGUUUGCUCCUGCCGACGCACCUCAGGAUCGCAUCGUUUUCUACCUGGACCAGGGUGUCGGCCAGGCAGAGGACGAGGAAGAGCCGAGCCCCGACCUGAGCGACUUUAUGGAUUACGACGACGGAAGCGAAGAUGCUCACUCGCUCCGCGAGACCGACAGCCUCCGCCGCGACAACGAUAAGCCACCGGCCACGCCCAAAGACGCCGUUCCGAGUACCGCUUCAUUGGACUCGAAGGAGCACGAAGGGACAGAUGAGCUCUGCCUCGCCGGUGAGGAAGAUGUUGGCUAUGAAGCCGCAUUUGAUAUUGUUCUCUAG